GAAAUCAAUAAUACAAAGUUCAACCAAAUGUUCUUAGCUGUAUUUUUAUCGUGAAACAUGAGGAUAACGUUUGAAAUUUCUUGUUACGUCUCAUGGCAGGAACAACCAAACCCCUAAAAACGAAAAUUGUAUUAGAUAAAGCGAAUAGUUUCCUGUGAAGUGUUUAUCAGCAAGAUUGUUUACGUUUUUAGCUCGUCAAGUUACAAUGAGCACACACACAGUUGGUUUACUUGAUAGCGCUGGUGAAUCCAGUGAUAGCGCCACUCAAUUGGGAAUAAUGCAUUUGCAAAAAGUUUUUAAUGAAUUUUCUCGCGCCACAAGUUCGUUUACGGAUAGCGAAAAGGAGCCUCAAUUGUACAAUAUGCUGCCUUUGUUCUGCAAAACAUUUAUGUCGUGUGGCUCAGGAGAUUUAUUGAUUAAAUUUCCAGAUAUUCUACACUUUUGUCAGUGUGUUUCCAAACUUAUGGUAACGGAAAUUAAACGACGAGGCUCGAACCAAAGCACGGAAGCGGCAUCGAACAAUAUUGUGGAAUUCCUGGAAAUCAACGAAAAUGAAGAAACGAGCACAGGUUGGAUGCUAUUGACUACUAUUAACAUCAUGGCAGGCGGAGAUAAAUCCUUAAUACAGGUUAUGACACACGCUUCGAUUCCAUCAACACUUGUUAAGUGUCUGUACUUGUUUUUUGAUCUGCCAGAGUUAACAGAUGACGACAAAAACACCAUCGAUAGAAAAUAUACUAGUAAAGGAAGACGAUUGUUACUUCAAAAAAUGUUUGUACAGGUUCUUGUGCGACUCUGUGCUCAUCCAUACCCAGCAGAGGAAUUGGCAAGAAUGGAUGACCUGUCGUUAUUAUUUUCAGCAGUCACAUCCCACUGUCCGGCGUAUAAUGUGAUUUGGCGGAAAUCUGCUGCGGAAAUUUUGAUGACACUUUCACGUCAUGGAUUGACAAAUGUUGUAGUGAGUUAUUUGCACAACAAAGGAUGCAUGUCGCUGUGUAUAGAUAAUAUGCAAAGAUCUUCACAAUUGCAACCUCUAGAAGUUGUUGAAAUGGUGGUCUCAGUUUUUUGUUUUCUUAAAGAUUCUAGUGAAGUUUCCCAAGUAUUACUGGAUGAUUUCAAGUCCUGUCAAGGAUAUCUUUUUUUGGUUGAUUUUUUGAUCAAAUUAGACCAGGAAGAUAAAAAAUCACCAGACACUGAUGCUGCCAUUAGAAACCUUGUUUUAAUGACAACCUCUCUGUGCACUUGCGGCUAUACCGAGUUGAAAGUGUCGAUGAAUAACAAUUCAUUAUUUCAAAUGCAAGGCUUUAAAAUGCCACAGAUAUCGUCUCGUGGAACGUGUGUUCGAAAUUUACACGCUUUUCAAGUGCUACAAACGGUUUUUCUAAAAUCUGAUAACACAUCCCUCUGCUGUAUUAUUUUGGAAGCAAUAUCAAGCAUAUAUCAUUCUGACAACGCAAACUAUUUCAUCUUGGAAUCGCAGAAUACAUUGUGUCAAUUUUCAGAAACAAUUCAUUUGAAAAGUGCUCCUGUAAGAGAACGAUAUUUCGGAUUGCUGGAAUUUGUCGUUUUUCAAUUAAAUUUUGUACCGUGCAAAGAAUUGAUCUCAUUGUCGUUGCUGUUAAAAUCAAAUCAUUCGUUGGAAUGCAGUAUUUCAUGCAUGAAUACUUUUCUCAACUUGUUAAAACAUAAUGGUUUAUUUUCCGAUGUGUAUCGCGAAGUAGGAGUGCUCGAGGUGUUUGUCAAUUGUUUGAAAAAGUACAAAAAAUAUUUAGAAGCGGCUGGAACCGACAGGAAAACCGAUUUACCUGCAGAUCGAUCCGAUGGUCAUGAGUUAGAAAAAUUGCAGUCAGAAGACGAUAACCUCAUACUGGGAGAUAUGAUUCUUGAAGCUUUUACUUUAUUACUGAGUGGAAACAAUAACAAUGCUACAAUAUUUCGAGAUAGCGGUGGAUCAAAAUGUAUCCAUGACAUGAUACACCUGGACAGAUGUCGAACAAUUGUUUUAAGAAUUGUAAAAGAGCUGAUUCUUAAUACUGGUGGAGAAGACGACAUGCUUCGGUUAAUUGAAACUAUGGCAGAUGCCCCGUUACAAGAGAUACGACUGAAAAUUCAUAUCCUAAAAUCAUUGAUUGCAUGUCUACGCGAUAGUCAUCGUACAAGAACUAUUUUUAGAAAAGUAAACGGCUUUACUAUUCUGAUAAAGACUCUUGAUAUUUUAAAAAAUAAGUUUACCGAUUUUGCCGAUAGAACUGAAUCAAAACAACAUCUGCAUCUAAUUUAUUUUAUAUGCCAAGUACUGUCUACAGCCAUGCGUUUCGAACCCGCCAACGCAAAAUUUUUCCAGCAAGAGUUGUGUUCCAAUGCUUUUUUUAAAGCUCUCAAGAUCUUAGGUUGUUUCAGCUCAGCUAGAGUGCUAAAAAGUAACUGUUCGCCUGACUUUAAGCCUGCUCCUGAAAUAAUUGAAAAUUUUAGGCUUUUAUUGGCUGAGGACAUUUCUAACAUAAGCUGUUCAAUUUCAGAACCGUUGUCGUUAUAUUUUGUAUGCAUAGUUUAUCGAUUGCUGUACAACAUUGCAUUAGACAACUUUGAAAAUGCGAGCAGCCUGUCGAGUAUUUCAGAAAUAGAUAACCAAUUUCAAACGACUGCGUCUACGGAUAGUAUUGAAAAUGUACAUACAAGUGAAUCAAGGACAAUAAUCCCCUCAUUAUAUAUAGCUCCGUUAUGUGUGGAGCCCAUCGUAGUUCACCCAGGAGUUGUGUUAUGUAUGUUGCAACUUUUACCUUCAGUUGAACAUUCAAAACAAACGCAAAAAGGAUUGGUUCUGCAAUAUUACCUAGCUGAAAUAAUCAAAAGCCUAGUACGAAGCGAACGUAACCAACAGAUAAUGUGUGAGGCAGGGAUGGCUGGAAUUAUGUUGAAAAUUUGCAAACCUGCUUUACUACUUGAACAGCAUACAAUACAUCUACCAUUACAAUAUAUAUUUGAACGAUUAGCAGUACAAGCUUUGCAACCAAAAGAAUUCAGGGAAUUUCUUCGUCUUGGUUUUUGUCCCGAUGAAACUAUAAAUGAGAAAAAAAUUACAAGUUCGACAUCUGUUUCAAUUCCAUUAACUCGUAUAAAAACUCUCGUAUCCAUGACAACACCUAGGGAUUUUCGGGCUCAUGGUUCCUACACUUUACCUCCAUUUGUUGAGAUGGAUAUGAGUUCUGAGGGAUUUGGAUGUAUAUUCCUACCGAGUCUUGCCCCUCAAGCAAUUGUUACAACCAGUACUGAGAUGGACGGUCAAUCUAUUGGAGGUAUUGGAACAGGUGAUAGAUGCUUCCCUCCGGCUAAUGGACUGAGUUAUUCUACUUGGUUUUGCGUGGAGAAAUUUGGGAAUUCACGAGUGGAUCCUCAUUGCGUUCGAUUAUUGACCUUGGUACGAACAAUUAACAGACCCCGAGAAGAAAAUUAUAUUUGUCUUAGUAUUUUGCUAUCUGCAAAAGAUAAAGCUAUUAUAACAUCUACACAAGACAUCCUUCUGGAACAAAAUAGUGCCGAAUGGGAACCUCAACAUUUGGAAGAUUUUAGUGCGCGAGUUUGGUGUCCGGAUUUACUGAUAGAGGGACAAUGGCACCAUUUAGUGGUAGUAAUAAAUAAACUAGCAAAGAAUACAAGUUUUUCGCUCUUCAUUGAUGGACACCAUAUGCACACUCAGAAGAUUCAGUACAUUUCACCUAUGCCGGGAGCUAACAUUUUAAGCAAUUCACUUUCGGUUUCUUCAGUUUAUGCCUACAUCGGGACACCGCCCUUGUGGAGACGAUAUUCCAAACUUUGCUGGAAGCAAGGUGUAUGUCAUCUUAUUGAAGACGUGUUCAAUCAUUGCACUGUGAAGAAGAUAUACGCACUUGGACCACACUAUUUGGGAUCAUUACAAGCCCCACAUACUGAGAAGCUGUUGGAGGAAUCUGCUAGCCCGUUGGUACCAGAAGAACGUGUUUUGUUUGGAAUAAAUGCACGGGCGGUUUCAAACCUCACUCUCUCGAAAAUAAGAAAAGUUUAUAGUAGACUUGACUGUAAAGCAAUUGCCAAACAACUUGGAAUGAACUCACAUGACAAUGCAACUCCAAUCAAGAUACUGCACAAUUCAGCAGGCCAUCUUGCUGCUCCAGCCCGCACGUUCGGUGGUGUUAUGAUAGGGUACCUUGGCAUUAGAUGUUUCAGUCCCAAUCCUGUGCCUGCUAUUAUAUAUACUGUUGGCGGUUGUAGCGUUUUACUGGGUAUCAUAGCUAUGUCACAAAAUGUUGAGAGUCUUUACGCAGGCGUGAAGGCCUUAACGUGUGUAAUAAAAUCCAAUAAAUCAACGCAAGGUGAAAUGGACAGAAAACGAUACUAUCAAACUCUAGGAAUGAUUUUUAAGAGGAAGAAACAUUUGCUGAACUCACAUAUAUUACAUCUUACUUUUAAUUUAGUGGGUACAGUGAACAGUGGACAAGAAACUUCUGCCAUACCCAACAUUUUGUCUUUUCAGGAUCUCUUAUGUGACUUUGAAAUAUGGCUGGGCGCACCAAAUGAUUUGCUGAAAUCCUUAAUGGAACAUUUAUUAGAACUUGCUUCAGAGUCGAGCGAAAAACGAACCAAUAUUCGAAUAAUGCGGGAUAUGCAGUGUUCUUUAAAGCUGCUAAUGAUCAUUGGAGACAUAUACGAGCAAAACACACGCGAUGUUUUGUACAAUCUUCUGGGAAUACUUCUCGGACCUCAGCCACGUGUCGACGAUUUGUUGCUGUUUGGACAACAUUUAGUCUCUAACAUCCCGCAGCAUGGAAGUGACGAAGAUAAAAACAUGAACCUGGCUGAUUUCAUUGCUGUCAAUAGCACGUCUGCGUGUAAUUCUGAGUUAUAUCGAACAAAUACGAUUCUAAGGAAAAUAAUUUUACGAAACAGAGGACUAUGUCUUUUGCACAGUUUAUUAUUCACUGCAAAGAAUACAGUUAAUACUACACUUGCUGAAGAAAUUUCCAAAGUACUUGGUAUAGACUGGAUUAUGCAGUUUAUGCAACCUCGUGUUCAUACGUCUUCGGUCAUUUGGGCAAUGCGUAUCUUAGUCGUGCUUUGCUCUAAUGAUGUAAUCAUAACACGAUUUCGGGAAGGCUCGAUGAAUGCUGGAUACAUGAGAAAUACGGAAGUCAUUAAUCAUAAUAGGGACAGGAUGAAGAUGUCAUCGCAUGAAAAAACAGUACCUUCGAAUUCGCAAAAUUCCGAACAUGUUAUUAAGUCGUUGUUAAUGAAGCAAAAUGAUGAUUCCAAGACACAAACUGUGCACUGUUCCGGAUUCAAUUACCUACAGUGGCUGCUUUUACACCACGUAAACACCCCUGAAAUAUAUUACUUGCUGACUGCCCUCAUAAUGGGUCAACCUGUGAAAGUACUGGGAACUGAUCAUGUUCAUAUUGAUCUGGAUCGAAUUUGGACUUUUUUAUGGGGAACGCCUGUAUCAAAUACACUUAGCAGUUCUGUUCUACCGAAGAUGUGCAUAUGUCCAGAAGCUGUAUGUGUUCUACUAAGUCUUGUUCGCAAAAUUGUACACACGACAAAUAACGCUGAAUGGCUGCACAACCAUCCAAUUACGCUCAUUCAAGUUCUAUUUUCGUUGUAUCAUAAUUUACCAGACUUUAUGUCUGUCAUAAUGUCAGCUGAAGUUAUAAACUCGCUAAUUGCAAUAAUAUUUCCUUACCAAAUUACUUCGACUGAUUCUGAUGCAAGCAGUGUAUCCUCAACCUCCGAAGAAUUACAAUCGCAACAAAACGUAGUGAAGCGUAUUGCUGUACAAGAUAAACGAGGGCUAACAAACCAUCCUGUACGAAAAUUCAUCAUAGAUUUUUUGCGCGUAGUUGCUGUUGAUUCAUUUAGUUUGGCAUGCAGCGGUAAAAGUCCUCCAAUAAUCGACUACAUUUUGGAUGGGCAACCAGAUGACUCGCAUGUGGCUAAGUGUACAUUUCUGACGGAAGUUAUAACUACUCUAAUGGACCAUUUACUGGCUGCUGACAUAUUGGUUGGAGAGCAAGCUGCCCUACCGAUUGUGCCACUACUGCAAAGCCACGUACAAAACAUCGCGCCAAACGUAUUCUAUCUAUCCGCUAGAAUUGUCGAUAAAUUGUGGCAAGGACUUAUAAGCAAAGAUCCACAUGAGAUUUUCGAAUUCAUAAUAAAGUUGAUCACUCAGGCGAAACGCCGUUCAACUGCUCUUUCUUUGGAUCAACUGUAUCAUUCUUUGAACCGUUGCAUUUUAUAUCUUCUUUCACGCCCAACAGCAACCGUAUCAGAUCAAAUGAUGGUCAUGGAAACUCUGCAUAAGUUGACCACUAAUAGAUUAAUAAUUUUUGGUGCUGGCAACCACGAGCUUGAAUUUAUUGGAUGUCUAACGUAUUGUUUGAUGCAAUUGAUUGCAAAUGAAAAAAUUGAGCUUGAUAUAAAAGAAUCGGAGCACAGCAAUCGCACAACAAAAUGGCAUGUUAGUUCAAAUAAUGAUUAUAGUACCAUAUGUGACGACGAUUCUCUUUCUCGCCAUCAAGGAAUUAAUUUAAUAUCCAAUGCGGCAUCUCGUGUUUGGGAAGAAAUAUAUGUCUGCAAAAAACCUGCAAUAGAAGAAAUUUUUAAAAUUUCUUUAACUACACCGUUAAAUAAUGCAAAAGCACCGGACACGACUGUUACGAGAGAACAAAUUUUAGAUUCUGCUAUGAAACUUUGGUUGAGUUAUGUGGAUGGCGAAAAAAAAGCUCAAUGUCGUGUACCUUGGGAUUUGCAUAACAACAUACAAUCAAAAAUCCAGAAAGUAACAGGUAAUCUCACGAGACUAGCCAGCCGAACUAAGGUAAAAAGAGAUGAUCAGACAAAAGAAAAACUAGAACCAGAUAUGGAAACAAUUUACCAAUUAAACCUGCUUAAUCUAUACCUAGUAAAUGAGUUUUGGAACUUGAGAAGUUCGCAAUACGUACGGACAAUCCAACAUACCCAGCGAUACGUGUAUCAGGAAUGGUUGCAAUCUGAAGCAGAACUUUUCAGAGAACGUGGAUUGUGGGGCCCAGAAAAGUCUCACAAUUUUACAAAAUGGAUGCUUGACACAACAGAAGGACCUUAUCGAAUGCGCAAAAAGAUGAUGAAAAAUGAUAUGUUCUAUACUCAUUAUCCCUAUAGACCGGAACUGGAAUUGACAGAUCAGCGUCAAUUAAAGUACAAAGUGGCGACAAGUCUCGAUAGCAAGAAGUACUACAAUAGCGUCAAUAAUUUACCAAAGGUAUUAUCACUAGAAGCUGAUAACCAUCCUGGAUGUAAAACCGUACUAAGCUCCCCAUCAGCAACAAUCAGCACGGACAUAAUGGAGCAAAGCUUGCAUGAAAACGAAGAAAGUUAUGAUAUGGAAGAUGAUGAAGAGAUGUCCUCUGCUCCUGACAACCAGACGCUAAUACGAUUGUUGGAAGCGAGAGAGAAGAUAUCACACAUAUUCCGGUGUGCGCGUAUACAGGGACUAGAUACUUUCGAAGGGUUACUGCUAUUCGGAAAAGAACAUUGUUAUGUGAUAGAUGGUUUUACCUUGAUGAAAAAUCGAGAAAUACGAGACAUAGAUUCACUUUGCUCUGGAAGCUACGAGCCAAUUCUACCAAAUCCAGGAAAUGUCAGAACACCCCACGAGAUGAGACAAAGUUCAAAAUUUGCUUAUGAAGACAUUCGAGAGGUCCAUAAACGAAGAUAUCUGCUACAACCCAUUGCUUUGGAAGUGUUCUCAGGCGAUGGUCGGAACUUUUUGCUAAGUUUUCCACGCAAAGUUCGGAACAAAGUGUAUCAGAGGAUUAUGUCUGUUGCUACUUCUAUUGCGGAUAAUGCUCAACAAUCAGUUGCUGGCCAAAGUCGCACAGCAAAUGUAGAACAAUCUUCGAAUUUGUUUAGCAGCCUUAUAGGAGAAACUUCUGUUACUCAGCGAUGGGUGCGUGGAGAAAUAUCAAACUUCCAAUAUUUGAUGCAUUUGAACACAUUGGCCGGAAGAUCGUACAAUGACUUGAUGCAAUAUCCAGUAUUCCCGUGGAUUCUCGCCGACUACGAAUCGGAUUGGCUUGAUUUCUCUAAUCCUAAGACUUUUCGUGAUUUUUCAAUGCCAAUGGGAGCGCAGUCGAAGGAACGCCUCCAACAGUUUGAAAAGCGUUAUCAAGAAUGGGAUGAUCCACAUGGUGAAACUCCGCCAUAUUUUUAUGGAACACAUUACAGCUCAGCAAUGAUUGUUUGUUCAUAUCUUGUUCGCCUAGAGCCAUUUACACAACAUUUUCUGCGUUUACAAGGAGGUCAUUUUGAUCUAGCCGAUAGGAUGUUCCACAGUAUCAAAGAAGCGUGGCAUUCAGCGUCGAAACACAAUAUGGCCGACGUAAAAGAACUUAUUCCUGAGUUUUUUUACUUACCCGAGUUUUUAACCAAUGCAAAUAAUUUUGAUUUUGGUAUGAAGCAGAAUAGCGAGACAUUAAAUCAUGUCGUGUUGCCGCCAUGGUCGAAAGGAGAUCCGAGAGAAUUUAUUAGAGUACAUCGAGAAGCUUUGGAAUGUGAUUAUGUCAGUCAACAUUUACAUUUGUGGAUCGAUUUGAUAUUUGGUUAUAAGCAGCGUGGCCAAGCAGCGGUAGAGGCUGCGAAUGUCUUUCAUCAUCUCUUCUACGAAGGAAAUGUUGACAUUUACAGUAUUGACGAUCCCUUGAAAAAAAAUGCUACUAUCGGCUUUAUAAAUAAUUUUGGGCAAAUUCCCAAACAACUGUUCCGAAAAGCUCAUCCAGCUAAAAAAUCAUCCUUUUCCAAGUCCUCAUCAGUAUUAGAAUCGAGUCCCAUUACAACAUCAGUACAGUUGGGAAAUAUGAAUGAUAAACUAUUCUUCCAUAAUCUUGAAAUGUUGAAACCAUGUUCUCAACCAGUAAAAGAACUCAAGGGCCCAGUCGGGCAUAUAAUACAGGGAGACAAGAUUGUAUUAGCUGUCGAACAGAAUAAGAUUCUAAUGCCUUCAAAUUACAGUCGUUACAUAGCAUGGGGUUAUGCUGACCAUUCUGUUCGAGUUGGCAUGUAUGAUUCUGAUCGAGCGCUAUUUGUGUGUGAAAAUGUUGCUCCAGAUUCUGGAGAGAUUCUGGCAUGUGCUUGUCCAAACGCAAAAACAAUAAUUAUGGCUGGCACUAAUUCCAUCGUAACUGUCUGUGAUAUAGAUUUUAAGCACAAACAAUUGUACGUUAGGCAUACUUUGCAUGGACACACGGAUGCGGUCACUUCCCUUGCUGCUAGUACAGCAUAUAACAUAAUUGUUUCUGGUUCUAAAGACAGAUCAGCUAUUAUUUGGGAUAUGUCAAGAUACAAAUAUGUACGGCAAUUGUCUAAUCAUGUCGGCGUCAUUGCUGCCGUCAACAUAAACGAACUCACGGGUGACAUUGCAACAUGCUCUGCUACGUGGCUUUAUGUAUGGAGUAUCAACGGCGAUUGUCUGGCAAAGGUCAAUACAAGCAUCGACUCUAGCAGGUUCUGA